AUGGAGGACUACGAGCUGGAGCUGUACGGCGUCGAGGACGAUUUCGACAACCAAUUCGCGGCCGAGCUCGAGGUGCUGGCCGAGCUGGAAGGGACAGCCGCCCUGUCGCCUUCCAGGGACCCUCGGCCCACUGUGGGCCGGCCCCGCCUGACGUUCGAGGAAGCAAUUGCUGGAGGGGACGCUGCCAUUCACUGCUCUCCAGGCGGACCUCCAAGGAACAGCAAGGGCAGUGUCAGGAAGAGGCAUCUGGCUCCUGACAUCCAGGGCGACAGAUCCCUGCCCCCUACUCCCCACAUCAAACGGUCCAGACUGCAGGCUGUCAGGAGACUGAACUUUAGGUCGGAAGAGAUGGAAGAGAUGACGCCACCUGACUCCCCGACAAUGGACAUCACUCCCCCACCAAGUCCUGAGAUACCUGAUGAGCUGUGGGGCGAGGGGCCCUUAGACUCCGGGGCUGAGGCGAGUCUCACUCAGGCCUCGCUAGCCACCCGCAAUCCUGUUUUGCGGCGGCCCCCAGUCUUGGAAGACUACGUCAAUGUGACCUCCACGGAUGGCGACCGGGCCUUUCUGGUGCUUCGGGCUGACCCAGUGGGCACUGGGGUGCAGAGCCCUUUCCGUGACACCAGGUGGCGUGGCCGUGGCCAGCUGGACCUGCUGGGCAUGCCCUUUGCCUCCCUGAAGGAGAAGGUCGACAGCGAGCGGCGGCAGCGACUGCUGGAAGAAGCCCAGCGGCUCUCAGACACGCUGUGCAGUCUCAGGUCACAGGAGAUGGAGGAGGAGACCCAGCCCUCAGGGGCACCUGAGGAGGAGCCAGCUGACAGCCCAGAUGCCUCCCAGCAUUGCCUCUGGGUGGAUGAGUUUGCACCGCAGCGCUAUACGGAGCUGCUCAGUGAUGACUUCACUAACCGCUGCCUCCUCAAGUGGCUGAAGCUGUGGGACCUAGUGGUGUUUGGCCGAGAGAAGCCUGUCCGGAAGCCUAGGCCCAGUGCAGAACCGACCCGUGGUGGCAAGGAGGCCACAACUUCCAGCAAGUGGAAAAGCCACGAACAAGUGCUCGAGGAGAUGCUGGAGGCUGAGCUGGACCCAAGUGGGCGGCCCCGGCAGAAGGUGGCACUGCUGUGUGGGCCCCCAGGGCUGGGCAAGACCACCCUGGCCCAUGUGAUUGCGCGGCACGCUGGGUACUGCGUGGUGGAGAUGAAUGCGAGUGAUGACCGCAGCCCUGAAGCCUUCCGCACGCGCAUCGAGGCGGCCACGCAGAUGGAGUCUGUCCUGGGUGCUGGUGGGAGACCCAACUGCCUGGUCAUCGACGAGAUCGAUGGGGCCCCCACGGCCGCCAUUAACGUUCUCCUGAGUGUCUUAGAUCGCAAGGGCCCACAGCAGGCAGGGCCAGGGGGCCCAUCUACGCCCACAGGCGGGGGGCGGUGGCGCCGGGCAGAGGCGGGGCUCCUGAUGAGGCCUAUUAUCUGCAUCUGCAACGACCCGUUCGCGCCCUCUCUCCGGCAGCUGAAGCAGCAGGCCCUCCUGCUACAUUUCCCGCCCACGCUGCCCUCCAGGCUCACGCAGCGGCUCCAGGAGAUCUCCCUGCGGCGGGGCAUGCAGGCUGACCCCGGUGCGCUGGCGGCCCUCUGCGAGAAAACGGAUAACGACAUCCGCGCCUGCAUCAAUGCCCUGCAGUUCCUGCACAGGCGGGGCCAGCGGGAACUGAGCGUUCAGGCCGUUCAGAGCACGCGCAUUGGCCUGAAGGAUCAGCGGAGGGGGCUCUUUUCUGUGUGGCAGGAGGUCUUCCAGCUGCCCCGGGCCCAGAGGCGCCGCGUGGGUCAGGACUCAACCCUCCCCACUCACAUGCUCCUGCUCGGGGACCGGCUCUCAGGCUCCGGGCCCCUUGCUGCCGAGGCGCCCCUAACUACAGCCGCGCAGCGUUUCUACCACAUCUUGCACGUGGCCGCCUCUGCAGGCGAGCAUGAGAAGGUGGUCCAGGGCCUGUUCGACAAUUUCCUGCGGCUGAGGCUGCGGGACUCCAGCCUGGGCGCCGUGUGCACUGCCCUCGACUGGCUGGCCUUUGACGACCUGCUGGGCCGGGCCGCCCUCCACGGCCAGAGCUUCCAGCUGAUGCGCUACCUGCCCUUCCUGCUCCCGGCCUUCCAUCUGCUCUUCGCUUCCAGCCACAUGCCGCGGAUCACCUUCCCCAGUAGCCAGCAGGAGGCCCAGAAUCGCAUGAACCAGACACAGAACCUGAUCCAGACGCUGGUGUCAGGCAUCACGCCAGCCACCCGCAGCCGGGCUGCGCCUCAGGCACUCAUCCUAGACAUCCUCUGUCUGCUCCUGGACAUCCUUGCGCCCAAGCUGCGCCCAGUGAGCACACAGCUGUACAGUGCCCGAGAGAAGCAGCAGCUGGCCAGUCUGGUAGGCACAAUGCUCGCAUACAGCCUCACCUACCGCCAGGACCGCACACCUGACGGGCAGUACGUCUACAGGCUAGAGCCGAAUGUGGAGGAGGUUUGCCGCUUUCCUGAGCUGCCUGCCCGCAAGCCCCUCACCUACCAAGCCAAGCAGCUCAUUGCCCGCGAGGUGGAAGUGGAGAAGAUGCGGCGGGUGGAGGCCUCGGCUCGAGCCAGAGACAGCCCCCAGGUGGAUGGGGGUCCCGGGGGUCCCCCGGGGGGCUCGGGGGAGAAGGAGCUGCAGCCACCUGUCCUGUGCAACCACAAGCAGCGGCUGGAGUGUAUCCUGAAGAGAGCCGCCCUGGAGGAACAGCCCGAGAGGGACUUCUUCGGUCGCGUGGUUGUCAAGAGAGCAGCAGCCCCGAGUGCAGGGCACGAGGACCCUGAGAAUGACACAGCCGAGCGGCGCGUGGGCACUGCAGUGGGCAGGAGCGACGUGUGGUUCCGCUUCAAGGAGGGCGUCUCCAAUGCCGUGCGGCGCAGCCUGUACAUCAGGGACCUGCUCUAGGGGGCGUGGCGAGCCCCUGGGGCCUGAGCGGCCACCCUGGGCUGUGUUGGACACCCCAACCCAUGCUGGACGUCCCCAGGGCAUACGGCGGACACCCUAGUCCAUGGUGGACACUCUGGGGUCAUGCCAGACACCCUGGACUACACCAGACAUCCCCUGAUACACACUGGCUACCUAAGUGUUGCUUUCUCUCUCCUAGAAAGUGUACAAAAGCACCAGCAUUCUCGCAAAGUCUUUA